AUGCCAUUUCCGCUGCGAAGGGCCGGCCCACGGGGCGCCAUGCGUGCGCUGCGGCGCUUGGGCCGGCUCGCCCGGCGGCUCCGCGGCUGGGUAGACGUCUGUCGCCGGAGAGACACCCACUCUUCGGCCGAGGAGCAGGUGAGCGCCGAGCGGGCGUCGCCUCCUCCAGCAGGGAAAAAGGCGCAGCCCGGGCUUCCUGGAACCAAUCGCAAAGCAGAGCCUUCCCGGCCGCGCGCCGCUAACUCCUCCCCUCUUCCCGCAAGGCUUUUAAAACUCCUGGUAGCUGCUAUAGACGCAUGAAAAAAUAGAUUGAAAGAUGCAGCGCCAGUUUCCGGACUCGAUAGAACUUUUUCUUUUCCCCUUAAAGGGCUGCCCCUUGAAAUCCGUCCGUUAUUUUAAAGUUGGCGUUCGUGCCUCCCCCCUCUUUCCCCACCCCGCGUCGUAGCAAAAAGGCGAGACGCUGCUGCUGUUCUUGCACGCGGGUCUUUCAUUAGAGUUUCGGAAGCUGCAGCCCUGCGCGCUUUCCUCACUGGCUGCGGUUGGGGCUUACUCUGAAGGAGGCUUGCAGAGGAUUUCCUGGCGCGUAAAACGGAAAGCUCGGCCUUCCUGCGUGUGCCUUAAGGCGUCUCUGCGCGACCGAGCAAGGGGUCGAGACGCGUAGUUGUUUGGUAAGGGGAAAGGUUUGCCUGGAGACCCGGGAUCGGCCCCACCUCCAAGAGGCGACCUUAGCACUGCGUUAUAUUUCUGGAUUGCUGCAUGUUGCUUGCUUAUUUACUGAGCUUCAGCGUGCUCCCCACCCCGCCCUGCAAUAUUCAUUCCACACCAAGUUGCACAGCCACUCUCGGGCAGCCUGAACUAGAAAGAACUGGAGCCCCCCCCCCUCCCGCUGCUGUUUUUUUGUUAAGGCGCACACGCCUACUCUAUCAAAAUGUUGAUUCUUCUGCCCUAAGGGGGCAUUUAAAAUGGUUUCCCCUUUCAGAACUGGGAGAUCUUUUUUUCACAACUGAUGAAAUGCAGCUGCCGGUUUUACUUUUUUUAUAUAUCUCUGUGAACACAGUAAAAGAUGGGGAACAGAAUUCUGAUAAAUUCACCACCAACUGGGUCUGAGUGGAGAGUAAAUCUGCCUAUGGUAUUUUAAGUAGCCAUCAUCAGCCAUGGCCAGUUCCAGCUCCAGCCAUGUUUAUUUAUUACAUUUAUAUCCCACCUUUAAAAAGCUUGAGGCGGCUUCCUUGGUUCUCCCCUUUCCCAUUUUAUCCUCCCCUUCAAGCCCGUUAAUUAAUUUUGGGUAGAGAGACCAAGUCACCCAGGGAGCUUCACGGCUGAGUGGGGAUUUGAAGCUUGAUUUCCCCUGAGCCUUGUUUCUUGCAAUCCUAGUAACCACAAUGGUUCUGCCUCCAUCCCUUUAACUGCACCCACCGAGAUAAAGAGAAACUGGAGAGAGGCAUCUGAUUAUCUGUCUAGAAUACCUUUCCCAAGUCGAGUGACCUUCAGGUGCUUUGCACUUCAACUUCCAUCAGUCCCGGUUAGCACAGCUGGUAUAGGAGAUUAUGAGCAGACUGUUGGCAGCAGGUGUUUUAAGAGGUCCAUUUGCUCUCACUCCCAUUCAAGGGGGGGGGGGUGUAAGCAAGUAGGUAGAAAUGAUGGAUUCUGUGUGUAUUUUCUUGGGGAACCAGGACUGGAAAGAUCGGGCAUGAUGCAUCCUUGAAAGAGCAGUAGCAUGUGUACUGCUUCCUCCUGCCGCUUGUGGUCCAGCAAGGAAGUCUGCCUUGUCCUCUUGCCUGCUGGCUCUUGUAUGGAUGAUGCAGCAUUGGGGACAAAGGCUGAGAUUGAGCAGGGCCAACCCUGCUGUAGGGCAGAGUGAGACAAUCACCUCAGAUGCAAGUACUUGGAGGAGGGAAGUGUCCAUAGCACUCCUGAGCCUCUGACAUUUGAUCUCCCUCUGCUGGAGAUCAGAGCCACACACACACACAUCCAGGUGCAGUAAAUGAUGCCAUUCUGUUGCCAGUGGUGUCAGCUUCCAUAUGUGGAAUUGGGGACAAAUGGACCAUCUUGUCCUUUGCCUCAGGCUGCAAAAUAUUUUGAACUGGUUCUGUGGACAGGCAGGAAGAAACAGUCUUUUGCUUGCUUAUUCUAGAGGUUUUUGCUGCCGCGUUUGAAUUUUUCUAGAGGUUUUUUACUGUUCCUUUUGCAUUUUUAUAUUUAUAAAUGUAUUGUAAGAUGCUUGGGGGGAGGGAAAACCUUCUGGCAAGAAGCAACUAGCAAGUCAGUAAUAAUAAACAACUUACAGUGAAAUCUUAACCAUGUCUACUCAGAAUUAAGCAUUACUUAAUUCAUCAGGCCUCUCCUAGGUAAGUGGGGUUGGAAUACAGAGUUAUUUUAAAGUGAAGUGGAAGGGGAACUUAUUGACAAAUUAUUUGUAUUAACCUUUUAAGGAUCCAUGCUGGCGUAGAAACAUCAGUUACUUGUUGAGAAUAUAGCUUCUUAAACUGUUCCACAUAGAGUUAAAGUAUAAGUACAGUACAGCCUUUGGGUAAUUGGUAUUCAUAUAUGCUUUUUUGUCAUCUUCUCUCCAAGUUGGAAACAAAAUCAAAAACAAAGCUUCAAAAGAAAAUAUGCCAAGUUGUUCUCAGUCAUUUUGAGAAACAAUACUCCAAAGAGUUGGGAGAAGUGUGGAACUCAAUCAGGUCAAUUUUCUGUUUCUUUUCUCUCCCCCACCCCUCCCCACUAGUUCAAUGCACCAUAAAAUAAUUGCAGUAAGCAUAGCUCCUCAGAAUGCAAAGUUUUGAGUUUUCAAAUGUGCUUUCUGUUUCCUCAGUCUUUUAUACUGAGAAGGCGGGGGACAAAUCUGAUGACCACAUAAAAAAGGGAUGACACAGUUCUGGGUUUUUAGGGGUCAACACCGUGCCCUCCAGAUGUUGAACUUCAACUUACAUCAGCAAUGGCCAGUGGUCAAGGAUGCAAUGCAGGGGAUUGGACUAGAAUGACCCUCAGAGUCCCUUCCAACUCUGCAAAUCUCUGAUGGAAGUCAAACAGCAUCUGGAUGGCACCAUGUUACUCUAUUUUUAAUGAGUAGUCUGGGGCUGAAAGUACAUUUUGCCAUGUACCUUAUUGUCAGGGAACUGCCAUCAGUGCCGGAGGGAGAGAGCAAAAUCCAGAGGGAUUCCAGAGAGCGUCCCAGGAUUGGGAGAGGCAGCCCAUCUUCUGGGGAAGAGAAUCAGCGUAGCACCAGUGGAGAAGGGGGGCAGAUGGGGGAAGCGGCGAGGCGGUCCCAUGACUCCUUGCCGGGGACCAGCGGGGAGAGUAGAGGUCCUCCGCUGCCUACGCCCUCCUUGCGCAGAAGGCUUUCGCGCAGAGAGUAGGAGGAGACUAGGCAUCAAAGAGCUUCUUUGCUGGAAGAAGUUUAAGAAACGCCCACUGACGGAUUCUGCCAGCGAUUGAGACAGCCACGGGUGAGUUGCUGUCCAGACAGAAAAGGUUCACUCAGGCAACCCAGCCAGGUGUUUGCACCAGCUUAUGCACGAGCAACCCCUAGAACCAUUACACUUAUAUAUUUAUCUAUUUAUUUAGGAAUACAUACCUUGUUUUUCAAAGCAAAAAAACCCAUUCGCAUAGCAGCUCAUCAAUGUUCUGGUUUCAUAAUAAGUUGUAGAGUGUAACUGUUAACAACUUGAAAACAUUGUUACAGUUAUAUCUCGAGUUGAAUGCGCUUUGGGUUGAGUGCGUUCGAGUUGCGCUCCGCGGCAACCCGGAAGUAAUGGAGCACGUUACUUCUGGGUUUCGCCGCUUGCGCAUGCACAGACACUCAAAAUGGUGUCACGUGCAUGCGUGGUAACGGCGAAAUGCCGCACACACCGUCGCGUCUUGCAUUGUGUUUGGGAUGCGAAAGGGGCUCCGGAACGGAUCCCGUUCACAUCCCGAGGUACUACUGCACUGUUGUUUUCCUUUGCAAAUGAAAUUAUGGGUAAGCAUUUGAAUGUACCUUGAUUAAAUUCAGAUCACCAAGGACUAGAAGAAUUGUCCCUGGGAUUUGAUAUGACCCGUUCUCUGCUAGUUGGCCAUCCCUAAUGUAAAAGAAGAGUUCAUAAUUAGGCACAGGAAGCCUAGUAUGCAUGCAAAUGACACAGGAACAUUUCUAUUUAAUCUAAUACAGACAAAUGGACUAAAUUCUAUGUUUGUCUGGGUUUGCUCUGCCAAGACUAAGCUGUGCCCUUUUUUAAAAAAUGUCUCUUGCAGUGUAAGAUAGCCUUUGGGGAUUUGCACAGUGCUUUUUCUUUUUUUAUAGAUGAUGCAGACUAACCUGUACAUCUGGAAUAAUGCUUCUGGGACAGAAGAAGAAGGCUGACUUCAGCCUAGAACUUUUCAUUUUAGAAAUUUCCCUGAGCUUUACUUUAAACUCUUGUGUGCUGUUAAGAACAUAAUAAGAGCCUGCUGGAUCAGGCCAGUGGCCUAGCCAGUCUAGCAUCCUGUUCUCACAGUGGCCAGCUAGUGAGGCUGAGAAAGUGACUUGCCCACCCAAGCUGACCCAGAAAGCUUCAUGCUGUUCAAACCUGUGUCUUCCACUUCAUAGCCCAACUAACCGCUACACCACUUUGACUCUCCUGUAAUACUACAGAAAGCAGAAAGUAAAUCAUGUGAUAAGGGAAAAAUUCAAAGGCAGUUUCUAUAAUCCCACUCACACUAAGAGUGACUCAUUCCAGACUAAAAAUUAGGUGCAAUAUGUUACCCUCCUGUAGCCUUUCAUUCAGUGUAUUGAUCCAAAUGGUAAUGAUGAAAAUUCAUUUGCAUGUAAUGCACUCUUUAGCCCAUCAUUUUAGCAUAAAUCUCUGCUUGGUGUUGAGCUGUUUCCACUCUCCUUUUCCUGAUGUUGACACACUUUUGGCUUCUUAUAUCCCAGCGCAUGCCUAUGUGUAACAUGUAUAUUUCUUUUUUAAUCUCCAGUCAAGUGCUUUCAACACCUCAGUGCUGGCAGUAUGCUGUCCUCCUUAAUAAAUUCAAUUUUUCCUCUGAAGUGGAGAAUGACUUGCGCUUAAAGGGCUAUCGCCUCAUUUUCCCGGAAACUUCGUCCUGUUUUCGGCAGUCGCUCAAGUGUUACAUCAGUAGCAGUCCUGGAAGGUUCCCUGCUCAGAAACACAGAGCUGGUAAACUGAAAGAAUAUUACCUGCUGAAUGCAGCAUCAGUUCUGGCUGUGCUGGCCCUGGAAGUUGAGAAUGGAGAGAAGGUUUUAGAUAUGUGCGCUGCUCCAGGGGGUAAAUCGAUAGCAACGCUUCAGUAUGCUUGGCCAGGUAAACCACUGCACUCCUAAACCAAUUAGAACACACAAAUUGGUUGCUAGAUUGCUUAAAUAACCUAUUAAGCAGGUUAUUCAGAGGCAUUCAUUAAGAAAGCUCUUGCGGCAUCCUUUCCCCUCCCUAUUGCAGUCAAAACCCAGCACAUCAGGAACUGGAAUCGGAGCUGUCUAAUUUUUAUUUCAAACGCAAUCUGCAUAUUAUGCCCUUGCUGCCUGACACCAAUUUUUUUGUGCAUUAGUCUGAAGGCACAUGAAAAGAAGUGCUCUGCGGUCCUCUGAUAUUUUCACAUCAUCUUUGUGAUACCCUGGUACUCUAAUUUUGCAGGGUCAGCUAGAGAGGGAAACAAUGCAACCUUGGCAUGCUCACGGGGUGCUGAUACAUUAAAAGAACACUUCCCAGUUUGUUGAGUGCAGGAGGCACAUGAAAAGGAAAAGAAAUGUAAGAGGAUUAGCAGGGCCAACACUACUAUUUGACAGACUGUGGAGGCUGCCUCAAGCUGCAGAUGCACAUACCCUACCCUAUACUCCCUUAAGCUAGCCUUCUGCCCUCAGACCUGGUGAAGGAUGCUGUCCUGUCAUCACCCAUGUAAUGCAGAUCAUCCCUUCCUGUGGGUGCUUUGCAAUAAAAAAGGGACAGUAGAUGCUUCAUUGCACACACCUGGAGUAUAGUUUGCCACCAAAUGCAGUUCUUACAAUAUUUUUAUUCUACUGUCAAUAUACGUGUUCCAAAAGAGACUGCUUGACCAUUUGGCUAGAUCAGUGAUUCCCAAACCUCCACCUCCCACCCAACAACUUGAAAAUGAUUUUUCUUUGUGUUGUAGCAAAUGUAAUGCUGUGUGCUAGGGCUGUAUGAUUUUUUUUUAAUUAUGUUUUUAUUGCUUCUUUUAUUUCUUAGAUAGAAUUCAAAUGGUAAUACAGUAAAAUGCAAUGUAAGAAACAAAAGAAGCAAGUGAAGUACAAUUAAAAUCGGUAUUGAUAUUUAAUGUGAAGGAUUUGCUGUCUCCUGUCUUCAACCACAAAUCCACAGACACACUGUUGACCACCUGAAUGAAGCUCGUGGACCAAGCAGUGGUCCACGUUUUGGGUACCCCUGGGCUAGAUCACUGUUCAGCAGUGAUGGUUUCCACUCCUAGUAUUGUGUACUGUCAAAUCAUCUGGCAAUGGGCGAGACCAAUCACUUGAUUGUGUCACCACUACAUGCUGAUGUGUGUGUUUUUAAAUUAGUCCUAAUUCUUGCUACUUCUAGCUUCGGCUUCCGAUUUAACAGGGAUUGUUCUGAUAGUCUGGUUUGCGUGCCACCUUGGCCAAUUUGUUGGGACAAGUGGCAAAUUGACUGCAUAUAUUAACUUAUCUGAUGUUCUUUUUCUUUAGGGCUUCUGCACUGCAAUGAGUAUGACCAUUUGAGAUCACGCUGGCUGAAGCAGACACUAGAAUCCUUCAUCCCAGAAUCUUUGAUGAGUCUCAUUACUGUUUCACAGUUGGAUGGAAGGCAAAUUGGAAAUCUUCAGCCUGAAGGCUUCGAUAAGGUAUCUCUAUCAUGGCUGCUAGCUUCAUGGGGCUCAGACUCUCUCAUUCUCCCAUCAACCCCUUUUCAGUUCAGGGAUAUCACAAUUCUCAGUGAUGGCUCUUGAAUAAAACAGGAAGAUAAAAACUGUAAUUUAUUAAUUAUGCAUUUAUCCUUUGGGUCGCAGAGGGUUCCAUCAGAUCUCUCAUCAGGGCACUGAUAUUAACAUCAUUUUUUCAGUUUAUAUCCCACCCUUCCUCCAGAAGGAGCCCAGGGCGGCAGGCACAGCAAUAUUAAAAUAUUUUAAAAACAAGUAUGCCCUUUCAAACUAUAUGAUUCUCUAAGAUAUUUAGAAUAACCCCGCCUGGUGGUACCAUGGCCUGCCUUGAUUCAUCUGCCAUCAGCUAGGGAAAAGGCAUUAUUUGCAAUGGCACAUUAUGGAACAAUCCCUCCCCACUCUCAAGAUCCAGAACACCCCGCCUAGUGCUGAGUUUUCAAUAGCAGUUGAAGACGUUCUUGCUCACCCAAGCUUUCGGGGACCCUUGAUCACCAGCAUAAGAGCUCGCUAUUUAUUAUUAGUGUUGUGUAUGUUGUUGUUUAGUCAUUUAGUCGUGUCCGACUCUUCGUGACCCCAUGGACCAGAGCAUGCCAGACUCUCCUGUCUUCCACUGCCUCCCGCAGUUUGGUCAAACUCAUGUUCUUAGCUUUGAGAACACCGUCCAACCACCUCAUCCUCUGUCGUCCCCUUCUCCUUGUGCCCUCAAUCUUUCCCAACAUCAGGGUCUUUUCCAGGGAGUCUUCUCUUCUCAUGAGGUGGCCAAAGUAUUGGAGUCUCAGCUUUAUGAUCUGUCCUUCCAGUGAGCACUCAGAGCUGAUUUCCUUCAGAAUGGAUAGGUUUGAUCUUCUUGCAGUCCAUGGGACUCUCAAGAGUCUCCUCCAGCACCAUAAUUCAAAAGCAUCAAUUCUUCGGCGAUCGGCCUUCUUUAUGGUACAGCUCUCACUACCAUAGAUCACUACUGGGAAAACCAAAGCUUUUACUAUACGGACCUUUGUUGGCAAGGUGAUGUCUUUACUUUUUAAGAUGCUGUCUAGGUUUGUCAUUGCUUUUCUCCCAAGAAGCAGGCGUCUUUUAAUUUCGUGACUGCUGUCACCAUCUGCAGUGAUCAUGGAGCCCAAGAAAGUGAAAUCUCUCACUGCCUCCAUUUCUUCCCCUUCUAUUUGCCAGGAGGUGUAUAGCGUAUAUAUUUCUUACAUAGUUUUGUGAAGCUUUAUUUUUUUAAAGGCUGUAUGUUUCUUUGAUACCUUUUGUGCUAACUGGUUUAGUAACUUUUUUAUAAACAUUUUUGUUUUGCAUUUCCAUAAAUGUUUGCAUUUGAAUAAAAUAUAUGAAGUGCUUGAAAUGCACUAAAAAUAAUAAUAUUUGAUUUGUAGGGAGAUGGCACUGUCAUUGGGUGUAUUCUCACAGUAUGAGAUUUUUCUGUCCAGAGUUUCCAUGUUCGGUUUAUUUUUACUUUGCUAUUGGUCACUCAGGUACUAGUGGAUGCUCCAUGCUCAAAUGACAGAAGUUGGUUAUUCUGUUCCGAUACCCAGCAGGCUACCCUACGAUUAGCACAAAGGAAGGCAUUAUCUGCUAUACAGAUACAGCUGCUAAGGUAAGAAACACAAAGGAAGACGACUGAAAUUCAAUAACGCUCAGCCCUGCACUGAAGGACGUGCUGAAUUGUAUUCUGAGGCUCAGUGUCUGUCUGACCCAUAUACUAUCCUCUCCAUAUGCAGCCACACAGAGCCAGUCAUCAUUUAAGAAGGCAUACAGCUACAGUGUCGUCUCCCAAUAACUGGCAUGGUUGAGAGAGAGAGAGAGAGAAAUUCUGCUCUUCAUGCUGAGCAAUAGGCCUUUAACUAGGACAGUCACAGGAGGCAGAGGAACAAGUUUGUGCUUACUUGCCUUUUAAUGUACUUCAGUACAACACAGUCUCCUAAACCUUUUUUUCAAAAAGCUUUUUCUUUACCCGUAGAAAAAAUAACAUAAUUUUUUAUCACCUCAGUACAGUUUGGGGGACAAAUGUAUCCUAAGAAAGCCAUAAAAAAUACAUUACCUGUGUGAAGGUAUGAAAUGCAAGACCAUUUGCAACUGUAUUGAGAACUUCCCUUUUCCGGUAUAACAAUAUUGUUGCCUGUAAGUCAGCGGGUCAACAGUACCCCACAAUGUUGACUUCCGGGGGAGGCGCCUCUGGUAAUGGCAGAAUUCCUCUGACCGGGAGGAAUCUGCUCCGUGGAAAUCUGGGUCUGGCCGCCACGGCGAAGGCGGAGACCCGUUAAAAUCACAGGCAGGAGAAGCCUGUAAGCGUGGGAUUCGGCGGGCACCUUUUGCGCCUCCCCCACUCGCGGGGAACCCCGGUUUUUGGGGCUCCGGAGCGACGUGGGGUGAGCGGCGCGGUGCAUCGAAUCGUCUGCUUCUUCCACGGAGCGAAGCCGCAUAGCUGUUGCCGGAGAGCGCUGACCUUUUCCUGUGGACAAUUUGACUUUAAAGUAAUUACCCAUGAGUAGAGCUGAAACGGAAGAAUUGGAUUUCUAAAAGUUUAAUUUGGUAUCGUAACGGGGAGGUUCAAAACAGGAUGUCCACCUUCCCUUUUUGUAAAUAGACUGAGGCAAUGAAGUUGCAAGCUGGAGUCUUGGAAGGUCUUUUGUAAAAGAUCAAAUUUCCAACGGUAAAGAACAUUAAACCCCCUCUUGGAGGCAGGAGAAGAGAGGGGGAAGUUGCGGAUUGAGUAUGCCUGCGGGAGAGAGCGAAGAGGCUUAAAACACCGCCGCUCUGACCCUGGAAACGGGCUGCUAGUAAGACUGACGUUUUUUGGGAAUGUUCAUUGACAGCGCUUAGAACGUUCAUUGACAGCUAGCUAAAUAAGAGAAAUACAUUGUUUCUACUGUUUCCGGCUGCUUUAAAAAGGAGUAAAAGUAACUGAAAAUUGAAACUAAUUUGAAACUAACUUUGGAUUGUUUAAAAGAGGAUACUAUUGACUUUUACAAAUAGAAACUGUUUCCCCCUAGUGGAAGCCUUUGAAACUCGUUGAUUUACAAGAGUUGGAUUAGGGGAAUUUCCAGCUGCAAGUUAAAAACCGUGAGACUCUGGGACUGACCUUGAAUCUUUCAAAUGUUAUGGUAAAUGGAAGAGGAAAAACAGACCAGUCAACUGUUGAUAAAACAUUAAGGUCUGGGAAGCCCUCCUGUUCUUUUUGUUGCUGUCUCUGUACUAGUAUAUUUGAAACUAAGAGGAAUGUCGACAGAAGAGGCUUUGGUGGUGGCAUUAUAUAAGAUAAAUGACUCAUUGGAUCAGCUUCACAGGAAAAUGGACAUGAUAAAUGCGAAGGUGGAUGUUUCAAUUGUUGAGGUUGACUUGAAUGCAGGGAGUAUGGACAAUACCAAUACAGAAACCACUCAGAAAUUGAUACAAGAACCUAUUUUGAUAUGGCACGCUGUGGAGGAAGUUAAGGAAAAAGCUGUUGCUGUUGAAGGUACAGAAACACAACUGGAGAGAAAGAGAAAGAGAGCCCCAGCCCUACAGAGGCAAUUUGAUGAACAUAAGUUGACGCUCGCUAUGACUGAAUUUAAGGAAAAACAGACGAAUUUGAGGAUUAGAGUUCACCUUUGGUGGACAUGCCCAAGGAUUAAGACACUCUGGGAGAUGAUUCAUAAUGAAAUGAAAAAGGUAUUUAAAUAUACCCUUUUGAAGAAACCAGAGGCCUUUCUCCUGGGCAUGGUCGGUCAAUUGGUGUUAAAGAAGGAUAGAAUUUGUCUCAUGUAUGCAACAAUAGCAGCAAGAAUACUCAUUGUGAAGUACUGGAAGACACAAGAUUUAUCUAUCCAGGAAGAAUGGCAGAUGAAGUUGAUGGACUAUAUGGAAUUGGCAGAAACGACUGGCAGAAAUCCGAGACCAGGGAGAAGAGUCGGUGUAAGAAAACUGGAAAAAGUUUAAGACUAUGUAUAGAAAUAUUGUAAAAAUAAUGAAUGUUAGAAAAAUGUUGGAAUGAAGUUAUAUGGCUUUAGUAGAAAUGUUAUAAGGAAUUAAGUAUAAAUAGAAAUAGAGUAUUAAAGGGAAAAAUAAGAUUAGAAUAUGUUAAGGUAAUUGUAGGAUAGAAAACAGAGGAAGAUGGAAAGGAAUUGCUGAAACAAUUAAUAGAAGUGGAAUACAGAAAGGUAGGCGUGAGGAGGUCGUGGAAAUAAGGGAAUGAAAGUUAAGAUAUUGAAAUUGUUUUGUGUUUUAAAUGGUUUGCGUCUUGUUUUGUUAAUCUUAUGUUUUUUCUCUUUUUUUCUUUGCUUUUUCUUUUUCUUUUUCUUUUUCUGUUUUAUUGUGUUCAAAUGGUUGGAAAAGCAAUAAAUAUUAUUUUUUUAAAAAAACAAAACAGUACCCCAAAAUGUUAAGUAUGUACACCUACAAGAAUGGCAUGUAGCGUCUAACUGACCCUGCAGUUUCUAAAAUGUGAAAUAGCACAUUGCAUCAUUAACAUGCAUAAAACAUUGGCUGCUGCAUUUUAUUUUUAUUUUUUUGCCAAUGCCCUUCUCUUGGUGUCUGCAGUGGUAGGGCAUUACUCUUGACAUUUCAGGUAAGCUGGGUAUGUUUCUAGACUCCGCCUAGGAUUUGAUCCCCUCCAGAUCUGUUAGGAAGAGUUGGUUUUGGGUUGUUUUGUCCAUUGUAGAUUGUUCAGUUUCCAAAUAAUACCAGCAUUUAAAGCAGGAAAUGUAUACGUACUAUGUUUGGGGAGGGGAGGAGAGGGGAACCACCAUUGGUCACCAUUUGAUCAUGCAUUUGGAAUUAUCCACAACACUUUCUGUUUCAUUAUAAUAAAAAAAAAUCUAUGCUUUCUAUAUGAUUUCUAUCUGAAAUUGCUGCAUCAUUAUGUAUCAAAGGGAAGAGAAUUGCUGUUCUCCCUGUUUUUUUGACACAUAACAGAAGUGUCAAAUCUUCUAAACCAAGAAAGCUGCUGUUGACACUUCUGGAUUUUAGACAAGGUUUUUGUGGUCACAUUUUUUGUUUUAUUGUUUUCCCGAGUCAUGUUUUCCUUAGCCAACCUUCUGACUGGCGGCACACUGGUCAGAAAGCUGUUAGUUGUUAUAUUCUGUGCAAAACCCUGUAAAUGGGUUCUUAAGUUUCUUGUUCAACCAAGCUGGCUGAGCUUAUGAGCUGCUCAAGCUGACUGCUCACGAAGAGGCUUGAGGCAACUCUCCACACCACAUUUCGGAAAGAUCUUCUUGUAAACAGAAGAAGGGGGUCACCUAAAGGCCCUUGAUGGGAAAUUGCCAUUAAGUCUGGCCACCUGUUGAGAUGAGGGUCCAUGUUGCUUGCAAACAUUUACAGAUGCAGUCGGCCUCAAAAUGAUCACAGAAGCAGAAUCUGUAUCACUCAAAAUAAAUUCUACAACUGGCUAUGAUGGGAGAGGGGACAGUUUUGCUGGGGCACAAGGCAAGUUCUAACUGGGAAAAAAGGUUUUAAAAUUCGGAUCAAAUUUGCUCAUUUGUAUCUAAUCAGGUUCCUAUGGGAGAGGGCUUACUUAUCUUACUAUUUCCAAUUCUUACCAAAUAUGUUAAUUUAACCAACUUUGUAAUAUGGGAUAUAUUCCAUAGUAUUCCAUGUGUCAUAUUUGACAACAGGGCAUCCUGGUUUUUUUUUAAAAAAAAACCUUUGACUGCUCACUUACUUCUUCAUAAAGAAAAAGUAUGUUCUAUCCAGAGGAGACGUUUUCAGCUGGGAUAGAAACCUAAGAGCAUACUCACAAAUGUUCCCAGUGGGACCCUAUACUAUACCAUGUAUAGCCCUGGUGCUGUGUUUUAUCAGUGUUCCUAGCCAGAUCAUGAGGCCAGCAGGAGAGUAGUGGUGUGUACAUGGUCUCUUUCCAGCCAACAUUGGGCUUGGAUAGUGUUGACCUGCACUAUAAACAGGAACCCAUUUCAGGCCAUUUUCAUUGUUAAAACCUCCUGUAGGUGAUCUGGGAAUCGUAAGUUUGGUUUGUACAGUGCUGAAAAUCUUGAGGGUGGGGAUCUAGGCUGUGUGUGGAGUACCUAGCCAACUCUCAAAAGUAGAAUUCCCAGAAAUCCUCAAGAAUAAGGAGGAGGGAGCUGUAAUAGAUAAACAAUUAACAGGAAGAAUUUUUUUUCUCGCGCCUAAUUAAAACAAGUGGGUUGGGUCCAGAGGACAUUAUUCCUGCUUUGGUCACAUCAAAAUCAGUGGGACUAAUAGCCUGAUUUACUUUAUGUGGGAUUGCAACUUUCAUCAGCACUUGGUUAUUGCUAGCCAAGCCCAUACAAUUAAAUUAAUUUUCCAAAUAAUGUAUUCUAGGUUUUUCAUCUGUCCUCAAGAAAAUUCAUGGCUUGAAUUAGGUGUAUUUGGUUUACUGUUGCUUAUACUGCUGCCCUUGCCUUAUGUUUUACUGAGGCAAGUAGAAAUGAUUAGAAAUGUAAAAUGUAGAGCCAUAUAAUAUGAUAAGGUUAUAUGAAAGAGGAGGCCAAUGAGUUAAGCAAGGAUUUCCCCCCCUCUUCCUCAUUCAUUUUCUCCCGCUAUAUAUUAUUUUAUGGCUAUUGAUCAAAUACUAAAGCUUUUUAAUGUAGUGCUAUGUUUCACCUCAGAAGUAUCCCAGCUGUCAGGAUGAAUUGAGAGAGAAAUAAAAUAGUUUGUUUUCCUAAAAGUAGUGUUCUUUAUGGAACGCUCUCAUAAAUGGCAGCACAAGAGAAGGUUGGGGACUGUUUUUCCCCCUUUUCUUUGCAUGACUUCCUCAAGAAAAGGUCUACAGGAAGCUUGUGAUUUAUAACCGAAAUAUGAGUGUCUUAUUGCAGUAAUGCAUCAUGUCACCCAUUUCCUUUGGAGAAAUCAAUCACAUUUAAAACACUGACCUCCUUCAGUUUUCUCUUUCCAAUAUUUGACAUGUAAAAUCCAAUUUGUGAACUCCUGGCUCAAGGAAGCAUACAUCAUUCAGUGAAAUUUUUGCAAAUUUGUAUAAAUCAUUCUGGAUUAUAAUGCUGAAGUGGAACAUUCUUGACAGCAGGAACCUUGUUGGUAGAGAAAAAUCCAAACAAACCAAAAUUGCCCAUCUCCCCAAAGCACAUUUAAUCCAAUUGGGCCUGCUGUCUAGAAGAGAGAGAAAUUGUGUGUUUGAUGAAAGCAUACCAGGCUACAGCAAUAGCAGCUGCAAACCAAUAACUUCUCUGCUAUAGUUUUGAAUAUUAAUUCAGCCAUCCACCUCUCGUUAUUCAUAAAUAAAUAAAACAAUAAAUGCAUUGAUUAAUCCAUUGUUAUACAUCCCUUUUCUGUUAUGCCUUCUGGCUAAAACAAAUAAAAGUAAGUUAUUAAUACUAUAACAUUUCACUGUUUUGCCAUGAAUCAGCAAGACUCUGAAACAGUGGGUUUUUACAGCUUAUGUGUGUGCAUGAGAUCACUCCAUGUGGUUUAUUACCCAUUAACAUAUUAACACGCUGGCUAAGGGCUAAUGUCCUGAAGUGAAAAUCACCGCCAUUCUGCUUCUCCUCAGGUCUUGCUGCCGCGCUAACCAGUUCUAGGCUAUGGUCUGGCUUAGCGUUACAGUCAGCCCUGAGCUUGUGUUCAUUUCCUCCAAACAAAUUUUGGUUAUAGCUCAUGGUUUGGCUGGAGGGACUGUUGGAGGGCGAGUGUGAUAUUUGGCUUCCCACUUCACACAGUUGCCCUCUCACUUGUUGAGGUUAACAACAAUGAAGAAGGGGGUAGGCUGACAUGCUCACAGCCCUCGGUGUUUAGUUGGCCGUGAAGAGGGCUAGCUUCAACUGUGCUUCUGGGUCUGGCUUGCAGGUAACCGUAGCUUGCUAAAUUUGGGCGUUAUGGUAACCUCAAAAGUUAUUGGAGGCCAGAAAGUGAAGGAGUGAAUUGGAACUAAUCGGGGAAAGAAGGAGGGUGAGACUGCACAGAUUUGAGGCAUAGCGCUGGUAGCCAGACCGUGGUUUCCCUAUGCCAUGCAAACGGACCUAACAGUUCACUUCAUUUUGAUCAAAGAAUCACAGUAAUUUAGAGCUUUACUUUUUUCCACAUGUUAUAAAUGGCUGCAAGGCUGGAACACACAGUGGGAAAAGUGAGUGAUGUACCGUCAGGCACAAAGUACUGCUGUGAUCGUUCAAACAUUUCUCUAGGUAUAUUUCUAUCUAUAGUUUGGACAAAGUAUGGUACCAGUUUCUGUCUGGUUUGGAGUUACGAAUAUUAAUCUAGUAGUCUAUAUCAGAUGUUCCUUUGAAUCUUUCUUUUCUUUAAAGGCAAGCAUGGCCAAGUGUUAAUUGGGCAUGUUCUUAGGAGAAGGGGUGGAGCUACAUUUAUUAAUUCAUUGCAUUAAUCACCUUCCUAAGAUCCUAGGGUGAUGUACAAUAAAACAAAAAUAGCUACAAGAUACAUCAACCAUGUUUUCAAAAUACAUAUUUUUUCCUUUCACCUUGCACUACUUACGAGAGAGUGCUGAGUUUUAGUGCCCAUUCAAACUAAAUUUUGGACCAUGUAGAGAAAUUCAGUGUGAAGCCCCAUCGCCCUAGCAGAAGCACUUAUAUGGGUUUCCACCAGGUAGUUGACUCUAACUCAUAGUGUGUUACAAGGGUACCCAAUUUGGUGCCCUCAUGGUGUUGCUGGGCUACAACUCCCAUGUGCUUCAGCAUGACCAGCAGUCAGGAAUGAUGGGAAUUUCUUCAGUAUUUGUUUUCUAUUCCUUGGGUCUAUUAUACCUCUCUUGGUUUGCCUCCAUCCAGAUUUCCAAGAAUGCUGUCAGUACUCCAGAUAAAAGAUAUAUAGACUGGACUUAGGUUUGGAAUUUAAUGUAUGUUUAGAUGUAAGCACCAUCUUAUAAGAGGCACUCCCCCUUCUCUCAUGCACAGGAUGAAUGCCUCUUCUGAUGCCGUUAUGACAAAGAAACAACACUUCAGAAACAAUGCUUUGCAACCUAUAUGCAAAUUUAAUGAUGCAGCUAAAACUCAUAUGAUCAGUUCAGUCGGGGUUUAGCCCUAGCCACAGUGCCCUGCAGCAUCCCUCAAAGCCUUGUUCUUUUUCUACACAUAUACACAAAUCUUUUUUGCAACAUGCACACUCCCAUCUCUGUAGAACUCUGCAAACUGAGAGGGGUGACAGAUCCCCCACAGAAGCUCCCUUUUUUUGCCAGUGCUUCCCUCCUCCCCCAGGAAACAGAAGAAGCUUUCUUUUUCGUUUCAUAGGUUGAAAAGCUAUACUAAGUUACAGAGCUUCUUAUACACCCUUUUAAGACCAACGGCUUUAAGGGCAGCAAUAUUGUAGCUAUACCAGCUGGAUAAACUAAAAUGUAGAGGUUAAUCAAGAUUGCAGCCUCUCUGUCUCUCCCCCUCCCUCCCCAGGCAUGGUCUGUUUUGGAUAACAAAAAUUAGAUGAAAACAAUGGAUGACUAUGUGAAUGAUAACAGUUCAGCUAAUAUUUCAACUUCAUAUAUAUCCCUUUCAACCUAAAAUGCUCUUUUCUCUUGGCUGAGUUUUAUACAAAAGGAGCUAUCAUCACCUCCAUAACGAGAGGUGAGACACGUAUGAAGCUUUCUGGCACUGUUUUUGGCACAUCACCAAUGCCAGCAUGUCGCCACGCUUCAGAGGCAUAUGAUAAAUUGCAUAUUGUGGAUACAGAAGGGAUUUUCUGGCCUUUUCGGAUUGAUUUUGUAUGGGAGGGGAAAGCCUACAAUAACUGGGGAAUGUAAGUGGAGUGACUGUGAUGUGGCUAGGACAGGUUGAUCUUUAAAAGGAAAACAAAAUCUAUGAUCACUUUCAUAAGAAGGAAUGUGGGGAUGAAAGUAAAUGUGAUUUCAGCUGCUUGAGUGGCUUAGAGGGGAUUGCUUUUCUGCUGAUCAGAAGCAGCCCGGCAUUCUCAGAAAACGACUUCUAAUAGCAAACACGAGAUGGCAGCGUUGAAGUACAGCAUAAUCUCCCAUAACUCAGCCUGGAAUUUUUGCUUUCUCUUUUUGCUGCUGUUUUAAUACGAACAAUGGAUAAAUUAGGGACAUAAUUAAUGCUGGUCCUUCUAACAGGAUAAAGAACAUGUAAUUAGUCUCUCAAGGAGUGGGCUGAGGAAGUGGAGUUUGUAAUGUGAAUGACUGUGCCAACUCUAUUGCCCUAUCUGUAUGCAUGUAUGCCUAUCUCUGUAUACAGUGUGUGUGUGUGUGAGAGAGAGAGAGAGAGAGAGAGAGACCAAGAGCAAAUAAAUAGCAAUCUAUCACGAAGUUUAAUGUGCCUUUAUGUGAAGGAGUUGCUUUUUGGCAACUCCUAGCGACAAAAGAUUGGGCGGGGGGGGGGGGGCGUGAGCUGACAUUUAAAAUGUAAAGUUUUUCAAAGUUGCUGAGAAUUUGAAGUGAUACUUAUUGCUCCUAUAUUCUCUUUUGCUUUUUUUGCCUUUUUUCUUUUCGUGUUUGUUUUCUCUCCAGCUACUGCUAAUGGAAGCCUUUAAAGGAUAUUCAGAAUGCGUUAACAGCUUUUAAGUCUUCAGAGCGCUUGGGAUAAAAAAAUGUUUAUUGUCCCAUUUAUAUCCAUGGCUUAAAUCCACAUUCUUCAGCUUCCCUGCUUUGUGAUUGAUCCAUUUAUCGGUCGUUCUUUGAGCUGGUGCUAAAUUUGCGAUUAAUUGAGCCUUGCUUAAAUUCAUAAUAAUGCUGCGUAUAAUUUACAUAGCCCUUUCCUAGAGUGCUUAAAACACUUCACAUUUUAUAUCAGUAAUCCUUAAAGAAGCCCUGUAGGAUUGACCAGUAUUAUUACCAUAUUACAGUCUGUGGGGGAAGUAAAGGGGUGAUUCAAGAAAGUUGGUUGUGCUUAAGUUUAAUUAAGAACAGUGGGCCAAGGUAGUUGCAACUUGUUUCUCAGUGAUUUCAAUGGAAUACAAGUGCAACUAAAUUACUUUGGAUUAGGGUCACAUCUACACCAUACAUUUAAAGCACAUGGCCCUCCCAAAGAAUCCUGGGAACUGUAGUUCACAGACCUACAGUUUCCAGUACCCUUCAACUACAGUUCCCAUGAUUCUUUAGGAGGAAGCCAUGGGCUUUAAAUAUAUGGUGUGGAUUUGACCCAGGAUACAGAUAUGUUUUCUUCUGCCUCCUUCUGUCUCCCUGUCCUUUCUGUCACUUCUCCCUAAAAGUAGUCUCAGUGCCAUUGGCACAAAUCAACCAAAUGUAAGAAUACGGCCUAUAUUACGUGAUGACUUUUCCCAGUUUGUUGGCAGGUUACUGCUACGGAAUUUUGUUUCAAUACAACUCUUUAACAAAUUGAAACUUUCAAAUACACUGUAUAACCGUUUGUUGAUAGUUUAUCAUUUGGCUAAAUUCUGAUACACAGAAGCCAGUUUGACCUUGUCCCUCAUAUUCUACAGCACAAUUUAAAUAGUAGUACAGUGGUACCUCGGGUUCUUAAUUUGUUCCUAAGGUCCAUUCUUAACCUGAAACUGUUCUUAACCUGAAGCACCACUUUAGCUAAUGGGGUCUCCUGCCGCCGCCACGCCGCCAGAGCACAAUUUCUGUUCUUAUCCUGAAGCAAAGUUCUUAACCUGAAGCACUAUUUCUGGUUUAGCAGAGUCUGUAACCUGAAGCGUAUGUAACCUGAAGCAUAUGUAACCUGAGGUACCACUGUACGUAAUAUCAUUCCCAAUAACAGCAGUGUAUGAGGAUAUGUAUAUUCCUGCACCAGGAGUAUUGUGGAUAGUCUGCCCAUUGAGCCCUAGAAUGCUAUACUGCUAAGCAAGUUGGUAACCUCAAAAUAGGUACAUUGUAAGAUAGCGAAAUGAAAAGGUAGGUUUCUAGCGAAAAGCAAUAUUGGGUAUGAGUUUCGCACCAUAAUCAAUGUUUAACAACUGUAAUUGCAAGCACAAAUGAGGACUUUUUAUGAGCAUGUGACUUACGUCAUUUUUCAGUAUGCAUAUCUAGUUUUAGCAGUUCUCUGUGCACAGUCAGCAUCGCAGGUAUAACACGAUGCUGUUAAUAAUAAAAACCCCAAAAUGCUAUUCUAAUAGAAAAUCUAAUUAUACAAAAUUAAGACUUUAAAAGUAUUUUCUCAAAUAACACACUAAUGGUUUCUGUAAUAUAAUUAAAUCGGAUUUUAUACUCCUUAGUUGCGUGUUAAGAAGUGUAUGACUUGCUGCUGAUAAGCUAGGCAAUGUCCAGUCCACGGAAAGUGUGGAUCUUACUACAAGGCUUUCUCAUUUGAAGUGCAUACGUUGAAUCAAUCCAACUCAACAUUUCCUGUUCCUUGCACACAGGUCUGCAAUUAA